AUGUCGCGAUCCCUGUUCCGGCUCACCACAUUACGUACGGUCUUGGUAGCCCGACCAACAUCGGUCUCGGCAUUGGGCGCACGUCGUUUCGCCUCGACGCACCACGACGGCCAUCAUGUCGAUCACAACGCGGGUGACGUCUUCCCCGAAGAGGGUAAGGACGCGGUGUUUUCCCCUUGUGCGUAGCUUCCUCACACUGAUGGAAAUCGUCCACGCUGCAGGUUUCAACGCGCCCUUCUACUCCAAGAUCGCCUUCGCCGCCGUCGCCGCUUUCGUCCUGAUCCGCAUGUCCCCCGCGACGAACCCCACCACGUCCGAAUCCCAAGACGAGAAGCCUUACAUCACGCGCUACAUCGAACACAACCUGACCCCUAGAGCGGGCGUGUUCAAGGAGCACAACCAGCGCCAUUUGGAGAUGGCCAUCGCCGCGGCGGAGGACAAGUUGCUGUUCCAGGAGGCGGAGCGACCGAGGGUCAGAAGGAUGAGGAAUCCUGGGUGAGUGAUCCGAGCAUGUUGUCAAGGUGAUCCAUUUUGGGGGCAUCGUACGCAAUGAUGGUGCUCAACUCCUUCUGAUUUUUGACCGCAGCAUGUUCGACCAAGCGAGCCCUCACGCGAUCCCCGUUGGGUCCCAGGCGGACCUGUCCAACCUCGUCAUCAAAUCCGAACAGGACGACUUUGCAGAGGGCCUCUAG